GCCGUUGAUAAAUCUUCUACAGAUGUUACAGGGAUUGAAAUUAUUGUUCUAGAAGUCUUUGUCCUAGUCCCCACAGAGCAAUUGCUCAAAAAACAACUCCUCGCCGUAUUGUAUGUUUGAAUGAGACUUGACGUAACAAUCAUUUUUUGAUUUUAUAGAAGAUCAAUAAGAUGCCUCGUGCGGGUCGGAUAGUUGUCAACUAUGACGUUGUCGUGAACCAGCAGCGCGAUGCUGCAGAAGAUGUCACUGGUCCAGUCCUCUACUACAGAAUGGGCGAACAUACGCGGAUCUAAAACGGGGCCUGGUGAAUACGGAAUUUGACAAGGCGGCUCGAAGGGCCCGACGUAGGCUUGGCAAUCUUGUGCUCAAUGUAUAGUGUCUUCUUUACUUCAAAUCUGGCAAGCAGUCACGAUAAUCACCUUGGAGCCGUAUGAGUUUGGUGUCUUCGCCAUGUGCGACAAAAUUUCUGAGAAUUGUAUAAUCAAGGAGUAUCGAAACUGAUACAUGUACGUAGAUCCCGACUACGGUCGCGCUCGUGUAGUGACACUAAUCCUGCUACCCUGCAGGUAUGGGAUUUGUGCCUAGCACAGAAAUCGGGUAGAAGCGCGACAGGAGGGCUCGACUCCUAUAUUAAGAGGCGCAUAUUGGAGUACUUGGGGGAUGACCCUCGUGCCGUGCUCGCAGCACAGAUCGGCCGACUCAAUGUCACAAGGCUCCGGGAGAUGGCGCGAAUCGCGCAGGCUUCGGACCUCGAAGCGAUUUUAGCUAAAAUCGUAACUGAGGCUGAAAAGGCAGCAAUGCGCGGUAGCAAAAGUGCAGUUGUUAACUCCGCAACCAUGUGCAGUGGCAGGGCUAGCCUUACCGGAGUAGAAUGCUCCAAUUGAAAAGAGGUAUUUGCGCAGUUGCCGAUGUUGAAGAGAGCUAUCGAGGGAGCCGGUUUGUCAGCAACAACGCUCAGCAGUGGCAUUGCUGGAUUAUUGUCCCGUCGCUGGAUUACGUGACUCAUCUACGAGAUCUUCUCAAAGGUGUCGUUUGGUCUCACAUUAUAUCUCAUGCAUAUUAGGAUUCGAAAGUAACUAAUGAAUCAUUGCAGCACGCUCAAAUUGCGUACGAACCGCUUAGGUAUUUGAAUGAAGAAGAGACUCAUGAUGGAAAAUUUUAUUUUGUAACUCAGACCUUUCCGACGAAAAUUAAGUAUGAUUUUUCUCGCUACAGACAUAGUACAUCGAUUCGAAAUCGGUGAAGAAGACUCCACGCACUUGGAUUUGUGAAAGACAUGAUAGUGUUCCUAUGGUACGUCCACUUUCGGAGUUUGAGAAUUAUGGUUCCCCUGAAUGAUGAUAGAGAGCUGUUCGCGCUUCGUAUGUUACUCCACUUCAUACUGUCUUCAUAACGAGCCCUGAUUUAUGUUGUCACUGUGGGUCUCUUUUUUCCAUUUUCUUCUGGCGGUACAACCCGACAAUAUGUUCCUCAAGUAGUCGCGGAGUACCGAUCAUAAGCGCACGACGAUGAAACAGCAAAAAACUACAGAGGUUGGCGACACGGAGCACGAGGACGAGUAGAC